ACUCCUAUAGUUAUGUAUUGUGACAACUUUUAUAGUCCUUAUCUGUUUUCACUGUAUGUACAACAAAAACCUGCAUCGAUUACCACCACAUCUACGGCACCGGCAGUUCCCAAAUGCGACGCUUCCGUACAGACAGAUAACGACAUAUUGACGGACGAGUCGCCGGAGUUCGCCGCCCGUCCGCCCCCUUGUCUUAAGCGCGAAAUGAUUACAACGACUCAUAUGUUUCGUGAGAUCGAUAGACGGGUGGCCGACACACCAGAAUUUGAGACAUUAACAGAAUUGGUGGAAUGCAUUUGCAAAUACACUAAAAACGAUUUAUACAAAGUUAGGGCUAUUUUUCGUUGGAUUUCCAUUAAUAUCAGGUUUGACUGGAAGUAUAUGGGCGUCAAUAUGUCCUCCCAUGAGAUAUUCAAAGGCGGGGAAGGGGUCUGUAAGGACUAUUGCCAACUGUUUGCCGAUAUGUGCCGUUUGGCGGGUAUACGGGUUAAGAAGAUCGAGGGCUUCGCCAAAGGACAGGACUAUAGGCCGGGCCAUCAAUUCAAACCCGGUGAAGACAUCACACACACAUGGAAUGCCGUGUUUUUGUUGAGCGCCUGGAGAUUAAUAGACACCACUUGGGGCACAGGAUAUACGGAGCCGUCAGGAAAGUUUCAGCGCAAACUAAAUGAGCACUUUUUCCUAACGGAUCCCGAAGUAUUGAUUUGGACGCACUUUCCAUACAUGGAAAUGGAG